AAAAAGCAAACCGUUUGAAAUUCCAUACGAAACCCAAAUUAUUUCUUGCUAAUUCCAGAUGCCAGCGUCCCAGAUUCGAUCCACAGAAGAGAAGAAGAGACAAAAACAAAGAAGAGACAGUUCACUUUCGUUAACCUUCGUCCUGUUCUAGAGAGCGAGAGUAGAGAGAGAUGAAUCAUGUUUGUCACCACCAGCAUUUGACUUUGGAAGGAACAUGGGGAAGUGUUCCACAUUCCCAAAUAUUAUUCAAUUUCUAUGGCGGUCGUCUCUCAGCUGGAAUCUCGCUCUCUCUCACUCUGUUUCUUCCUUUCUUAAUGCUCACUCUCCCUCUCUUUCCUUCUUUCUUUCUCUCUUUCAGCCACAGAGAGAGUACUGUCUGUCACAACUUGACUCAGAUCCACACUUCAUUGCCUUUGCGUGCUCUUCAAAAAGAUGGUAUUCAUGGAUUCACGUUUUCUUCAUGAUUUCCACUACCCUGGCAUUUGAUAUCUUUCUCUUUCUGGUUUUAUUCAAACCCCUUUUUGUGGUUGGUUAAGCUUUUCCCAUUCCUUGUCUUCUUCUGUUAUACAUUUCUCGAGCUUGGAAGACUAAACUAAAAAGGGUAUUCCAUUGGUGGGUGAUAUGUCAUCUGAUUUCAAGUUAGAUGCAGUUAAAGGCCAUGAUAGUGAGGACCCAGAAGUUGGUCCUCUAAAUGGAGUUCAUACCAUUCUUCCAGAACGUAGAGCUACGACUUUGAGUGACAGAUUGUUUAGAGGGAGUCGAGCUGGGCAUGGCGAGAUUGUCUCUAUUCCGAAUGAAAAGCGUGGACAUGGGUCAGCAAAGAAAUCUGGACCUCUGUUGUCUGGGACAGCUUAUUGCAUUUCUUCUUGCAGCAUGAUACUGCUGAACAAAGUUGUUCUGUCCAGUUACAACUUCAAUGCAGGAGUAUCCUUGAUGUUUUAUCAGAAUUUGAUAAGUUCCGUAAUUGUUGUCCUCUUGGGCUUCUCUGGAGUUGUUACUGUGGAAAAGCUCAAUUGGAAACUGGUCAGGGUCUGGAUCCCUGUCAACAUAAUCUUCAUCAGCAUGCUUGUGUCUGGCAUGUAUAGUUUGAAAUACGUAAAUAUUGCAAUGGUCACCAUUCUGAAGAAUGUGACAAAUAUUUUAACAGCAAUUGGAGAAUUAUAUUUGUUCCGGAAACAUCAGAGUCAGAAAGUGUGGACUGCCAUGUUUUUGAUGAUUAUCUCCGCUAUCAGCAGUGGCAUUACAGAUAUCUCCUUUGAUACAUUAGGUUAUGCAUGGCAGAUUUCGAAUUGCAUACUAACAGCAAGCUACUCACUCACUCUACGGCGAGUCAUGGAUGAAGCAAAAAAAUACACAAGAUCUGGCUCUCUCAAUGAAGUUUCGAUGGUCUUGCUGAAUAAUUUGUUAUCUCUACCAUUUGCCGCCUUCUUGAUUAUUAUGUUUGAUGAAUGGGAAUAUAUAAAAAGCGUGGAUGUAAUCAAAUUGCCUAUGUUUUGGGUCAUUGCAACAGCUAGUGGAUUGCUUGGACUUGCCAUCAGCUUCACCUCCAUGUGGUUUUUACAUCAAACUGGCCCCACCACCUAUAGUCUGGUGGGUUCCUUAAACAAGAUUCCGAUCUCGCUUGCCGGUUUAGUCCUGUUCAAGGUUUAUUUGCCGGAAUAUUCUUCGCCAAGGCCAAGAUGUCCUGAUCCAGGCCUGGAUUUUAGAAUUGAGGUGAAGGAACUAACUCAUGCUCAGAUAAAAGAAAGGCAAACUGCCUGCACAAACAGUUUCUGGGCUUGGAAGAAGUACUGGAUAUACUUCUUUUCUUUCUUUUUGAUGGAGAAAGCAAAGAUUUUAUUUGUUUUACAAGCAUAGGACCAAUGAGUUACAAGAGUUGGAAGUUGCAAUUCAGUUUACAUUUCAUUUACUACUUGGUUAUGAUUGGCCAAGCUAACUAGCCAAGAAAAACCACAAGUGAGGGACAAUACUAUUAACAAAAUUGUUUAUUUUCCUCUACAUGUAAUUCAUCCAGCAAAAAUUUUGUUGAUGAAAAAUGGUAUCCUUCUUUACCAACUAGCACUUGGUCGGUCUGGUGGUAUUUCUCUUCUCCAUAUUGGAAGAGGUUUCCAAGUUCGAAUACCUCAUUGCCAUGGAUUUUUAUUUUAUUUUAAAUAGUAUCCUUCUUUUCUGGUUUGUUGAUUAAAAAUAAAAAGUAUGAUUAUUUCUGGU